UUUGCAUAUGUAGUAUGUAUCAUAUACACGUAUAUGUGUAUGCGUAUGUGCUCAUCUUGCCGAGUGCUGAGCCAAUGUCGAGAUUAGCUAUCAUAAUGUCACGUGUCUCUGUGUCGACUUCAUUUUUGUUUUAUCACGUGAAAAGGAUGAAAAAAAUUAACUUUGUGGAAAAAUUUUGCUGAACAAUCUACGAGUAAACAGGUGAUGGGAAUAUGUGUUAGAAAAAUAUCUUGAUUAAGGCUAUACAAUCUGUAAAUUAAUAACUUAGGACUAUGUGAAGAUUUAUAAUAUUGUGUUUUUCAUCUGAAAUAAAUAAAAAAAAUUCACAGAAAGCAUUGUGUCUUCCAAAAGCGAUGAAUGCUGCAAUUGCAUUGUGUACUUUCUGUGAAAUGCAUGGACCUAAAGUAAUAUUUACCACACAAACGUAUCGUAAUUACGAUACACAAAAUAUAGAGAAAUUGAAAUUUUAUGGACCCAAAGAAGUGUUAAGACAGAGUCAUAAUUCUUUGGAGGAUGUACAGGAUGAAUGCGAGGGCUGUCAAAGUAUUGGAAAUGUCAAAUACUUGAGCAACGAACAUGAAACAAGAACAUCUUUUCUAUCUGCUCAACAAUCAUUGAUGCAAGAUAUUGGAAAUUUAUUAAAACAUGCUUGUAUUAGGAGUCUAAGCUGUGAAGUACAUCCUGGUAAAGAAGGUGUUUGCUACUUUGGAGAUGAGUACAGGGGGCAUGUUUUAAGUCAUACUUUUACAUUGAAAGAUGCCCAGGCAAGAGGAUUUAGGAGAUGGUGCAGUUUUAUUGUUUUCAUGAGAGAUAAACAAUUCUUGUUGAACAUGUGGCCAUUUUUAAUCGACAAUUUAAAGGAAGUAAUUAAAGAGCUGCAAGAUUUUGCAGAAAAAAAAUAUAAUGCAGAAGAAGCAGAAUGUCCACAGAGGGCAAUGAGGCUAACAACGGCAAACAGUGGAGCUGGUUGCCAUACUCCUAUAACCAAACAGUCCAGAACACUUACUGAUAUAACAAAUGAGAAGCAUGUUUUUGUAAGAAUUCAUAUGUGGCUAGUAUGGAUUCUUAGUGCUGGCGCAAGGCAUUUCAUAGAAAUUUUUCCAAUGAGUUUAUUAGACGAUGAACUUAAUUAUAAUUUUGAACAUCAAAUUGAAACUGAAGAAAAUUUUACUUUAGUAAACGCAAAAUUGCCAAUGAACUUAAAUCUUAACUCGGACAAUUCGGAAGUUUUGCCAGAAUUUGCAGAAAUCGCGGAAAAAUCUACCGCCGUAAUUUUACGAAAUUUGAAACAAAUAUUGGGAAAGGAUCAGUUUAGACAGCUACUGUAUUCCUGCCUAACUGGCGUGCAAGUCCUGGUAAGAGGCCCGAAAAUUCAAAGAUUGGAAUCUUUAUACGGACUUAGCAGUCUUAUACCAAGAGCAUGUCGAAGGGUAAAAACAGAAACAUUGGAAUACAUGGAUCCUGACACGUGUAAUUUUAUCGGCGUAGAUACCUCGGUAGCGAUUCCUUUACCUUGUGCAAGUGUAUGCAGGCUCGAUAUAAUACUCAAUGAGCACACACUCGAAAAUGCAAAAUCCCAUAUAGUUAAAUGGACCGGUACAUUACCACCAAAAUUACCGACCUUAUUAACAAAGAUUGAAAAAUCACUUGAUAAUGAGAAACUCGAAAAUUCAGUUCUCAAAGCACAUUUUGCAACUCUUUUGGAAGAAUGGGCCAAUAUCGCGAAAGUGGUUCACGCGAUGCGCGGACGAGGUCAUCAUGGUGAUCUCUCUGGACUCAUGCUCAGUUUGGGCGCUGGACCUCAGGAUAAAAAAUUGCUGGAUGCAUGGUCUAUGGGACUACCAUCUAAUCCAGCAUAGUCUCAUAAAAAUUUAAUGCGUUCUAUUGCAUGUAUAAUAUAUUAUAUAUUGUUGAAUAAUGUAAUAUUUAUUGCAGAUCGUAUAUUUCUCUAUUCAGAUUCCUCGUUUAUCCGAGAGGAAUGCUUAUGUGUGUUCAAGGUUGUGUCUUUUUUUAUUUAUGAUUAAAUUAAAAAAUAAAAACGAGAACUUUAA